GAGUUACUGCGCCUGCACACACACAAACACACACAUACACACACACACACACACACACAGACAAUUCUGCCUUAAUAGCACAGACACCUUAAACAAUCACUCAUACAGAUUUACAGAGUUAUCAACUCACACACUCGUACACACACAACCACACAGACACACACUCAUGUUGCGGGAGUUGCUGUUGGUGUGUGUGGUGGGCAGCGUGGGUGCAGCCGUGGGCGCAGACGUGUGUCCCUCCGUGUGCUCGUGUCAACAGGAAGGAGCGCUGCUGAUCACAGACUGCUCCGAACUCGGACUAUCAUCCGUCCCUGAGGAUCUAAACCACCUCACCUCUUACCUAGAUCUCAGCAUGAACAACAUCAGUGAAAUCCACCCAAACGCUUUCCACAACCUGCCCUUCCUCACCGAACUACGUCUCUCUGGGAAUCAGCUCAGACACAUCAGCGGCUCGGCCCUCCGCGGACUCACUGGCCUCAAAAUCUUGAUGCUGCAGAACAACCAACUCGAGAGACUGGAAAGUGAAGACCCAUGGGAACUGCCUAAUCUGCUUUCACUGCGUCUGGACGCUAACCUCAUCGCAGACGUCCCUGCCCAGACGUUUUCAGGCAUGCGGUCUCUGCGCCACCUGUGGUUGGACGACAACGCGCUAGCCGACAUCCCAGUGAGCGCACUCAGUGACCUUUCCACCCUGCAGGCCAUGACCCUCGCCCUCAACCGCAUCACACACAUCCCUGACUAUGCCUUCAGGAACCUGUCCAACCUCGUUGUGCUGCAUCUUCAUAACAACCUAAUCCAGACUCUGGGAGAGAACUGCUUCGAGGGCCUGCGAAGUCUCGAGACUCUCGAGCUGAACUUCAACACCCUUCAGGAAUUUCCCGUGGCCAUCCGGACACUGAACAAACUCCAGGAGCUGGGUUUCCACAACAAUAACAUCAGGGUGAUUCCUGAGAGAGCUUUUGUGGGGAACCCGCUGCUGCAGACCAUUCAUUUCUACGAGAAUCCCAUCCAGUUUGUUGGAAGAUCUGCCUUCCAGUUCUUGCCGCAGUUACACACUCUAUCUUUAAAUGGUGCCAGUGAGAUACAGGAAUUUCCUGACCUGACAGGGACCACCAGCCUGCAAGUGCUCACUCUGACCCGAGCAGGUCUCACCAGUCUGCCACCUGAUCUCUGUCAACAGCUCCCCAAUCUUAGAGUGCUAGAGUUGUCCCACAAUGCAGUUGAAGAUUUGCCAAGUUUUUACCGCUGCACUUCUCUGCAAGAGAUUGGACUGCAGCACAAUCGGAUCAGGCGGAUCGAGGUGAACACGUUUCAGCAGCUUGUAUCACUUCGAUCACUUGACCUAAGUUGGAAUCAGAUUGAGGUGAUCCAUCCUGAAGCCUUCAGCUCUCUCCACUCUCUGCUCAAACUUGAUCUGAGUGAUAACCGGUUAUCCAGAGUCCACUUGUCCGGCUUGAACAGUCUUACUCACCUCAAACUUAGAGGAAACACACACCUGUCUCACUCCUUCAGAAAUGAAGAGCUACCCAACAUCAGGGUAAUCGAGAUGCCCUAUGCAUAUCAGUGCUGUGUGUUCGGAGGGUGCAGCAGUUACAGGUCCGCCUCUAAGUGGGAGGAAACGGCAAAGACAGAGGAGGAGGAGAUUCAGAAAAGACCGCUCGGCCACGUCCCAAUUCACUCCGACUAUGAUCCUGAUCUGGAGGAAUUUCAAGCAGCCAUUGAAGAGUCCAAACUCCAAACUAGUGUCCAGUGCACCCCUGUCCCAGGUCCGUUUAAGCCGUGUGAUGCGCUGUUCGACAGCUGGUUGGUUCGUUUGGGGAUGUGGAUCGUUUCUCUCGUCUCUCUGCUGGCCAACAUCCUCCUCGUGCUCUCCAUCUUCGCCUCGCCCAGCUACCUCUCACCUGUUAAGUUCAUCAUCGGCUCCAUCGGCGCUUCUAACCUGCUCACUGGACUCUGCGUGUCUGUGUUGGCGCUAAUUGACGCUCUGACCUUUGGCGAGUUCGCCUCCUAUGGUGCACGCUGGGAAACAGGCACUGGUUGUCGAGCCACAGGGUUCAUCUCUGUAGCAGCAUCAGAAUCAUCCAUCCUGUUCCUGGUGCUUGCGGCGGUGCAGUGCAGUGUUUCUGUCUCGUUUGGGAAGUCGCCGUCUCACAACAGUGUCCGGUGCGCCGCUGCAGUAUGCGUGACGCUUUCAUUGGUUUCGGCAAGCCUGCCUCUGCUGGGGGUGGGGAAAUUUGGAACAACACCCCUUUGUAUCCCCUCCCCACUCCCAGAUGCUGCGCCCACCACACUGGGAUUCAUGGUAGCUCUGAUUAUGAUGAACUCUCUCUGUUUCCUGCUGAUCACGAGCACCUAUAUUAAGCUCUACUGGGAUCUGAUGAAGGGUAACUUUGACAGUGUGUGGGACUGCGGCAUGAUCAAGCACGUCGCCUGGCUCAUUUUCACCAACUGUCUCCUUUACUGCCCUGUCGCGUUCCUCACAUUCGCCUCCUUGCUUUCCCUCAUCCCCAUCAGCGAGGAUGUGAUCAAAUCAGUCCUGCUACUGCUCCUCCCACUCCCAGCAUGUGUCAACCCGCUGCUUUACCUCCUCUUCAACCCGCACUUCCGCGAGGACGCAAAACUCCUUCUAAACCGAGCUCGGCUGGUGCAGGACCGCGUUCUCGACUCAUUUGUCUCAGUAGAGAUGGAGAAGAGCUCAUGCGACUCCACCCAAGCGCUUGUGCCUUUUUGCUCAGAGGCAGAUGCGACACUUGAGGGCUCAGUGCCACUUGUGCCAUGCCAGCUGCAGAUGUUGAAUAAAGAAAAUGACAAAAACGAAGAAAACUUGUGGAGCAAACGAAUGGACAAUCAGAGGGGAAGCUCUCUCAUCUCUGGAGUUUAUCAGUCUUCACAUCCCGCAUGCCAUUCAUAAAUCCUGUCGGACCUCGCUCAGAUAUCGAUACCCUUCCAACUAGGGCAUAGACAUUUAUCAUGGACAAAAUUAUAUAACUUUUUUGAUAAGGGAGGAAAUUAAUAUGGACUCAACCUGUUGGACCUAACAUGUUUCGUACAUUAAGCAGGUGUAAUAUUUCAAAUCCUUUUAAACCAUACAAUAAUAGUUUGGCCCAAAAUGUAAUAAUGUCACAAUGUCAUCGCAAUGUUAGCUCAAAUCUAGUUGCUCAACCAAGAUGUGUUUCGGGGCAAAUAGCUUCAGGGCAAAUUAGGGAAAAAGAAAAACAAAAUCUAAACAAAUGCUAAACAUAUAUAUGCACUACUGAAGCUUGUUUACACAAAAUAUAAUAUCACUCAGCUUUAUAAUAACACCUCAUAUUGAUCAGAAUUAUCCUGCGAUCGCGCCAUAAUAGCACAAUCGCCACGUAACACAGUUGUGACUUUUUAUUCACACAAUUGUCACUUCUUUAUCUCACCAUUAUAACAAAGGAUCCAAACUUGGGUCAGUGGUAGCUCAGUGGUUAAGGCAUUGGACUACAGUUCGGAAGAUCCCAGGUUCAAACACCACGACCACCAAGUUGCCACUGUUGGGCUUUAGAGCAAGGCCUUCAACUCUCAACUGCUCAGAUGUAUAAUGAGAUAAAAAUGUAAGUCGAUCUGGAUAGGAGCAUCUCCCAAAUGCUGCUGUCACAUAACAUUAUGUUAUUGCAACCUAACAUCAAGCUUGCAUCAGCAUCAGACACUUUCCGGUUUAGCAGAAAAAUAAAUCCAUCAGUGAUCGACGAGCAGCCAUUCCCAAACUUAACAAAGCUGUGGCCCAAUUCUAAUGUUCUGUGACCCACCCAAACCUUGAAUUAUAUCUUCUGAUCAAUGCGAGAGAUGAAGAUAAAUGAAGAAUAUAAUGUUGUUUAAAUUCAUUGGCUGUUUUAUUAGUUCUUGUUAUUUUUUAUAUGUAAAUACUUAUUUAGAAAUAUUUCAUUAGAAUCUUUUAAAACCUAAUUACAACAUUGAAAAGGUAAAACCUUUUAUUUAUUUGUUAUAAAUGACCUUCUGCAUCCCACCUGCAGUACCCCAAGGGCCUAUAAGGAGGCCAUGCCCUACACUUUGGGAAACACUGAGUUAGUUGAGCAGCAAAGAAAUGGACUUUCAAGACCUGAGACAGAAAAGACAGUCCCCGACUUACGAAAAUUUGAGUUCUGAAUUUCCGCAGAUACGAACAGACCACAAUUCUACGAACAUUCAUAGAUCGUGUAUUGUACAAAAAAUAGACAUUGCAGUGCACCAGAUACCAAUAUUUUCAGUGUAGGUAAAUGUAUAAAAUGUCCAGUAUAUUGUAUGUGUGUGUGGGGGUACAGUAGCAAUUUAUCGGCUUCAUAGGUUUCGGUGAAUCAGCCCGGAAGCACGAUGAUAGAAAAUGGCUGUCCUGUAAAGCUGUUCUGAUGGUAAAUAAUCCUAAUUUGGGAAAAUCCUCACUAAAAGUUCACAGUUUGAUACAGGGGAAAACAGCUCACAGAAUGGCGUCCAAGUCAUUUGUCAAAGACGUAUAAGACUCAUUUUGUCGGACUUAAGAACAAAUCCGAUUUAUGAACCUUUUUCUGAAACCGAACUCGGUCGUAAGAAGGGACAACCUGAGAUAUAGAGCAUGAGUAGGUAUACUGUAUAUUAUUAUUAUUAUUAUUAUUAUUACCACUAGGGGCGUUUAACUGGAAAGUGGUCCAUUCCAACAUACUCUGUGACCUUUUAUCUUAGCAUCGACAUAUCACUCAAUUGUGUCCUAACAUUUACCAUUACAGCAGAACCUCAUAUCACUGUGACAUAUCAUCACACAAUUUCUACUUCCAUUAUUUCACUUUUGCACACAAUUGUGACUUUUUUUUCUAUCAGUUUUGACAUAUCAUGCCAUUGCAACAACUUUUCAUACCUCAUAAUUUCAAGUUUAUUUCAUGCCUUUUUUUUCCUCAUAAUUGCAAGUAAAUAUUUCAUCAUCAUGACUUUGCAUCCCACGGUUUAACAUGACACAAUUGUGACUUUUAGUGCCCCUGUUUUCCCUGAAACCAAACAACACCAAAAUCCAGCAGUGUUUAAAAAAGCAAUGUAACAUAGAUGAAGUGUUUUUUUUUUUUUUUAUCAGGAACUUCCCAGUUAUCCCAGUAGAAAUUUUGCCAUGGUACAGGUACCAUGGUAGUCAAAUGGUACCAUUGUACUUAUUUGCUGAUAUAGUACUGUACACGUAUCACAAUUAUGUAUGUGGUUCUACCAUAGGGCAUACUUGGGACCAUAGUGUUAUUGUGGAACAUGCACCAGUACACUGUCAAAAAAUGCUAUAUAUUUAUACCUACAAUGAUGGUAAUAUUUAUAUAGUAUGUAGCAUUAAUUAAACUCUAUAAUGUAUAUUUAAACUUUUAAUAUUACAUACAAUAAUGUGGUGCUGCCUGUACUAUACUGUACCAUACCAGCAGUAUGUGCUAACAUAUCCAAUAUGGUUCAUUAUACAAGAACAUACCCUAUUAAAUACUUGCUGAAUUUUGGUAGCCAAUGUGGAACCCAGUAAGUACCACAGUGUUCACCAAAGUAUUGUGGUACUCGCUUAAGCUCCAUCGUAUCUACCCUGGUACUCUAUAUCGCUUACCACGAUGUUGUCUGGAGUACCAUGGUAAUACUCUUAUAUACAAUGGUACUCCAUGGUAUACCAGAGUAUUACCAUGGUAUAAUGGUAUUAUGGUACUGUAUGUACUACAGUUUAUCAUAGUAGGUCUGUGUGUAUGUGGUGUUUUGGUUUUGGUUGGUUAAGGGUUGGAAAUAAUCUUAUAACCCAUGUGGAAUUUAACCCAAUCAUUCAUUAACAUGAGCCAAAAGGGGGUGAGAUAAAAGUGUGUUAUAUAUUCAUACAUGUGGAAAAACAUUUCUCUAAGUUUCUACACUCUGCUGGUAAAUUUGAUCAGGGUCAGAACGGGCCAUUUCAUUUUUGCCUGAAACGUUCCUUUAAUAUUACAAUGUGAAAAUGGUUGCUCUAGCCUGCCUGGUCUUUGGUAGUGUUUUGUUUUAAAUAAAACACUUCAUUAAAAUGACCAAGCAAUUAAUCACAUACUAUGUUAAAAUACAAUAAAAAAUAAAAUUUUGUUAAAGGUUUUUGUUUAUCAUAAGCGCGGACAACUCGCAGGAUAAAAACUAAAAUAAAAAACGAAAUAUUAUUAGAUUAAACUGGAAUUGAAACAUUUAUGGUGCAACAGUCUGACAUUGGACUUGGAUGUGUAUUCAGUGGGUUUUGUUGUUUUUUUACAUGUGUAAAUGUAACCAGAGAAACAGCCGUGGAUUAGACUGUACUACAGCGUGCGGGGUUUUGCUUUUCACAGAUGUAAAGUAGCUAGCUAUUAUGUAUAAAAUAUAAAUAUAACUACCUCUAAACUAGCAUGCUCAUUUCCCUAUUUUUUUACUCAGAGUGUGUUUUGUUUCUAUUCUUUUUUUAUAUAUAAAAUGUAUAAGAAAAAUAAAUAAUUUUUAU